AGGGCGGGGCGAUCACAGCCUAUACCCAGAGAGGCCGGAGGACCCGAGCGAACGGAACACACGACUGGACUGGCUUGGCGACAUCAUGGCGAGCCCGGCGAUAGCAGCGCUGGGGGGGCUGGAGCAGCUGCGGAUAUGCGGGGCCGGGGCCGGCCGAGCCCUGGGCGUGCUCACGAGUGGCGGGGACGCCCAAGGCAUGAACGCGGCCGUCCGGGCUGUGACCCGAAUGGGCAUCUAUGUGGGGGCCAAAGUCUUCCUCAUCUAUGAGGGCUACGAGGGCCUGGUGGAAGGGGGCAACAACAUCCGGCAAGCCACAUGGCUGAGUGUCUCCAACAUCAUCCAGAUGGGAGGCACCAUCAUUGGCAGUGCCCGCUGCAAGGCAUUCACCACCAGGGAGGGCCGCCUGGCUGCUGCCCACAACCUGGUCCAGCACGGCAUCGCCAACCUGUGCGUCAUCGGUGGGGACGGCAGCCUGACGGGGGCCAACAUAUUCCGGAUGGAGUGGGGGAGCCUCCUGCAGCAGCUGGUGAAGGAAGGGAAGAUCACUGAAGAUGUGGCCCAGAAGUACUCGCACCUCAACAUCGUGGGGCUGGUGGGCUCCAUUGACAAUGACUUCUGCGGGACAGACAUGACCAUUGGCACCGAUUCAGCCCUUCAUCGGAUCAUGGAAGUGAUCGAUGCCAUCACCACCACAGCCCAGAGCCACCAGAGAACUUUUGUGCUGGAGGUGAUGGGCCGGCACUGCGGGUACUUGGCCUUGGUGUCGGCCUUGGCAUCGGGUGCCGACUGGCUCUUUAUCCCCGAAUCCCCCCCCGAGGAUGGCUGGGAGAACUUCAUGUGUGAGAGACUUGGGGAGACUCGGAGCAGAGGAUCCAGGCUGAACAUUAUCAUCAUCGCAGAAGGAGCCAUUGACCGUCACGGGAAGCCCAUAACCUCCAGUUAUGUGAAGGAACUGGUGGUUAAGCGCCUGGGAUUUGACACUCGAGUGACUGUUCUGGGUCACGUGCAGCGGGGAGGGACCCCUUCUGCAUUUGACCGUGUCUUGAGCAGCAAGAUGGGCAUGGAGGCUGUAAUGGCCUUGCUGGAGGCCACACCGGAUACUCCCGGCUGCGUGGUGACCCUCUCUGGGAACCAAUCUGUCCGGCUGCCACUGAUGGAGUGUGUCCAGGUGACAAAGGAAGUACAGAAGGCCAUGAAUGAGCAGAGGUUUGAGGAGGCUAUCCAGCUACGUGGCAGGAGUUUUGAAAAUAACUGGAACAUCUAUAAGCUGCUGGCCCAUCAGAAACUCUCCCAGGAGAAGAGUAACUUCUCCGUCGCCAUUCUGAACGUGGGGGCGCCAGCGGCCGGCAUGAACGCCGCCGUGAGGUCUGCGGUACGGAUCGGCAUAUCUCAGGGGCACAAGGUCUACGUCAUCCACGAUGGCUUCGAAGGCUUGGCCAAGGGACAGGUGCGGGAGGUGGGCUGGCAUGAUGUCGCUGGCUGGUUGGGGCGCGGAGGAUCCAUGCUCGGGACUAAAAGAACUCUGCCCAAAACCUGCCUGGAGAAAAUUGUGGAGAACGUGCGGAAGUACAACAUCCAAGCCCUGCUGGUCAUUGGGGGCUUUGAGGCCUAUGAGGGCGUGCUGCAGCUGGUGGAGGCCCGUGGUCGGUACGAGGAGCUCUGCUUCGUCAUGUGCGUCAUACCCGCCACCAUCAGCAACAACGUUCCUGGCACCGACUUCAGCCUGGGCUCCGACACGGCCGUCAAUGCCGCCAUGGAGAGCUGUGACCGCAUCAAACAGUCAGCUUCUGGCACCAAGCGGCGGGUGUUCAUUGUGGAGACGAUGGGAGGCUACUGUGGGUACCUGGCCACGGUGACAGGCAUCGCGGUGGGGGCUGAUGCCGCCUACAUCUUCGAGGACCCCUUCAACAUCCAUGACCUGAAGGCCAACGUUGAACAUCUGACGGACAAGAUGAAGACGGACAUCCAGCGGGGGCUGGUGCUCCGGAACGAGAAGUCCCAUGAACAUUACACUACGGAUUUCCUGUAUAACCUGUACUCCUCGGAGGGGAAGGGCGUCUUUGACUGCAGGACCAACGUCCUGGGGCACCUGCAGCAGGGAGGAGCCCCCACCCCCUUUGACCGAAACUAUGGCACCAAACUCGGGGUAAAGGCCAUGCUCUGGAUGUCGGACAAGUUGCGAGAGUCCUACCGGAAGGGGCGGGUUUUUGCCAACUCGGCGGACACGGCCUGUGUGAUUGGCCUGAGGAAGAAGGCCGUGGCUUUCAGCCCAGUCACCGAACUCAAGAAGGUCACGGAUUUUGAGCACCGCAUGCCCCGGGACCAGUGGUGGUUAGACCUCAGGCUGAUGCUCAAGAUGCUGGCCAAUUACCAGAUCAGCCUGACAGAGUACGUCUCUGGGAAGAUGGAGCACGUCACCCUGCGCACCCUGAGCAUCGAGAAGGGCUUCUGAGUGCCCAUCCUGAUGCCUCCGUCGCUAGCUCCGCUGCGGGCGCAUUGCCAGGAGGCGGCCUAGUGUAGACACUGAUCCCUUGGGGACGUCACUUCUUCGCUGCAGCGACGGGUCGGUCGCCAGUCCUCGGCAGCUUAGGGUUUGAAGGUGGUGGGCAAGACCAGAACCUGGCACUCUGGCUUGGAUGGCGUGGACUCCGACUGUCAGAGCUGGAUGGCCAAGUGCCUCAUGAUGUAGUUGGGGAACCUGGAAGGGGGGAUUUUUUUCAUUGAAACUGAAAGGGACAGAAGGAAACUGAGGCACCCGGUGGCUGCUUGGAAUCUCCUCGGAGUUGUUACCGACCCGCCUAGUGUGGAGGAGGAAAUGACGUUCCCUGGCCUUUUCAGCCACACUGCUUCUCCCUGACCUGCCAUCCUUGCAAGCAUGAGGAAGGACCACCCUUCAGGCACUCGGAAACACUGGGGCCGGCCGGGGUCAGGGCGGGCCUGGGGCUCGGCCACCCGGGGCCAGGACCUCAAGCUGUGCACAUUCCUACUGUGAUCAUGCCGCAUCUGUAUCUUGUCUGUUAGAUUAAAAACCUACUGACCCAGCAA